AUGAUGAAUACUUUGCAAAAAUUUGUAUGCAGGAAUAAUAAUCUUAUAAAGUUAUGUUCCAAAAGAAAGAUAUGUAACUUAAGUAAACAAAAUAAAUUUUCAGGAUAUAAAAUUUACACAGAUGGGUUAAUUCAUUCUGAAUUUUCCACAGACUUAAAAACAGUAAAUGAAGUUGCAAAACUUCCAAUAUUUCGUAUUUUGGAUACGAAUGGAAAUUUAUUAGAUGGUCAUACUGCACCGUUUAAUGAUGAAGAAGUAUUAAACUUGUAUAAACAGAUGGUGGAAUUUUCGAUAUGGGAUGAAAUAUUUUAUGGUAUUCAAAGGCAAGGAAGAAUAUCAUUUUAUAUAGUAAAUGAUGGAGAAGAAGGCUUACAUUAUGGAAUUGGUAAAGCCUUAACUGUAGAUGAUCAUUUAUAUUGCCAAUAUAGAGAAACUGGUAUUUUAUUAAGUAGAGGUUUUACUUAUGAAGAUAUACUUAAUCAACUUUUUGGAACAAAGUAUGAUGAAGGUAAAGGAAGACAAAUGUGUAUAUGUUAUACUAAGAAAGAUUUAAAUAUUCAUACAAUUACUACACCAUUAGGGUCACAAUUGUCUCAUGCUGCUGGUUGUGGCUAUGCAUUAAAAUUAGAUAAUAAAAAAGCAGUUGCUGCGACAUUCUGUGGUGAUGGAUCGUCAUCUGAAGGGGAUUUUUAUGCUGGUUUAAAUUUUGCUGCUGUAAGGGAAUCCCAAACUAUGUUUAUUUGUAAAAAUAAUUUAUAUGCUAUAUCCACAUCUAUAAAAGAUCAAUAUAGAGGAGACGGUAUUGCUCCUAGGGCAUUAGCAUUAGGCAUUGAAUCUAUAAGAGUCGAUGGAAAUGAUUUAUUCGCUAGUUAUUUAGCUACCAAAAAAAUGAGAGAUAUUUGCAUUCAAGAAUCCAAACCCGUUUUUAUGGAAUUUAUGUCCUACAGGUAUGGGCAUCAUAGCACUUCGGACGAUUCAAGUUUGUACAGACCCAAAGAAGAAAAUGAUGCAUGGAAAAAAGAAGGAGUUCAUCCAAUAAGCAGAUUAUUCUUGUAUUUAAAAAAUAAAAAUUUAUACACAGAUAAUGAAGAUCAAUUACAUAGAAAAAGUGUCAAAGAAAAGGUAUUAAAAGAAUUAAAAAAAUAUGAAAAUGUUAAAAGAUAUAAUAUUGUAGGAGGAUUAUUUGAAGAUGUCUAUCACAAAGAAGAUUGGAACCUUAAGGAGCAAAGAGAAAAGUUUGAGGAAUUUUUUAAAGAAAAUAAAAAUAAUUAUGAUACUUCAAAAUUUGAAAAUUAG